AUGAAGCACCUUCUUCGUUUGACAGUAAAAGAUACUUUUGGAAAUGAAAAUCUUCCUCCUUCGAAUAGCAGAAGAUUCUAUCCCAACACUGCAACCAUAAGAUCACAUAUAGUAAAAAUUAAAAAAAAGUUACGGCAUUCCAUGAUUGACCAAGAAUGUCUUUUGAUAAAAUGUGAAGAAUGGAAAAAAUGUGGUCCGUCUGUCAAAGUGUUUCUUAGACCAAACUGUAGUGGCGAAGAUGGUGGUGAUAAAUGUUCAUUUUUAUUUGUUUAUCAGUCACAGUGGCAACAACACCUUCUCAUGCGCUAUGGAACUGAGAUACUGCUACUUGAUGCCACAUACAGGACUACCAGAUAUUCUCUUCCUCUCUUCUUUUUAACUGUAAAAACUAAUUUUGACUACCAAAUAGUAGCCAGUUUUGUUAUUGAAUGUGAAACAAAACAAGCCAUCACAGAAGCGCUUCACAUAAUAAAAGAUUGGAACCCAUCCUUUCAACCUUCCUUUUGCAUGACUGAUUAUUGUACUGAAGAAAUGGAUUCAUUAGAAGCUGUUUUUCCAGGUUGCCGUGUUCUUAUAUGUGAUUUCCAUAGAGAGCAGGCAUGGCAUCGCUGGAUUGUCAAAAAAACAAACAACUGCUCAGAAUUUAAAGACUCAAUAAUUUCAAUGCUACGAAAUAUUGCAUGGGCACAAAAUGAAAAGAUGGCAGAUGAAGCAAUAGUUAAGCUAAAAUGUUCUAAUUUUUGGUUGGACAACAAAUUUCAUAAAUUUAAGAAAUAUAUUACUAAUUAUUGGUUACAAAUUAAAGAAAAAUGGAUAUGGGGGUAUCGUCAGGAUAGAUUUUUAGUAAACCUUAAUACCAACAAUGGAAUUGAAAGGCAACACGAAUCUUUUAAAUAUUCGUAUCUUCAAAGACAUAAAAAUUCAUCAAUUACUGGAAUGCUUACUCUUUUAAUAGAAGAGUUUUUUGCAGAUAAAUUUGAGAAAUAUUCAGAAUCUAAUUACAAAAUGGAUUGUCGAUUUAAACAAUACAAUUCUAAUGUACCUGAAUACUUGAUAAAUAGGCUACACCAUUUUAUUAAACAUUGUUUAGCGAAGCAAAAUUUGGCUAACAACACUGAUCUAAAUAAAGUGCAAAUGAAAGAUCCUGGAGUAUUUGUAGUCAAUAGCUUUUCUAUUGCAAACAAAAAUUACCUUGUUAACUUUGGCGAUGAGAAGAACAUGCCAAAAUGUUCAUGUAAUGAUUGGUUUAAAUCUUCCUAUCUAUGCAAACACUUUUUUAUAAUUUUUAGAAAGUACCCACUAACAUGGGGAUGGGAGUCUAUAUCGUCUUUAUAUAGAAGUUCUCCAUUUUUAAAUAUUGACACAUUCACUAAUGAUUUUGUAUUAAGUAAAUCAAAUAUAAUCAAGUGUAACCAUGUGAAUCAUAAUAGUUUCAACUUAAUUAAUGACACUAUUUGCAGUACAACAACGAUAAAUCCAUACAAAGAUAGUACAAGAAAAAGAAGUUCUACAGCCUCUGAAGUCCGUGAAAUGCUAGCAACCAUAAAAAAUUUAACAUUUGAUUUUGAUGAAUCAUCAGAAGAACUAUCUGAUCUACAUGAAACACUUUCAAAUGUACUUAAAAAGCUUUAUCAAGCAAGAAAAAAAGAGAAAGGUCUACCAUUAAGCUCAGGUUAUGGUAUGCAUGAUUAUGUACACAAAAAACAAAAAAAUAUAGUUGAUUUACCUGUUGUUAAAAAAAAAUUGUAUUCCAAUCGUGUGGGUGAAAAAAAAGAAAAGUUGAUGGUAGCCUCUAUAAUAAAAAUUGAAAGUAAUUUUUAUGAAGCACCAGUGCAGGAAUCAAUUAUUACUGAGGAUCAAAUAACUGGUGAAGAAACUUUUCAAACAAAUUCUUUUACAAAUAAUUAUUUAGGAAAAUCAGUUUUAUUUGAAAGAAAUUAUUCUUUACUUUCACAAGAAGAUUUUGAAGACAUUUCGAAAAAUCGAAUGUUAUCUGAUACAGUUAUUAAAUGUUUUCAAGAUAUGUUAAAGAAAGCUAACCCUUAUGCAAAUGGACUUCAAGAUCCCAUAUUGGGACAGUUAUUAAAGUUUGAUGUUAUUGGUUCUUUACCAUUUGUACAAAUUAUAUAUAAUGGGGAUUACCAUUGGCUUGCCAUCAGUACAUAUGGUUGUUCAUAUGGUGAAAUAAAUGUGCUUGAUAGUAACUUUCAUGGGUGUUUAAGCCUUGAAACACAAAAACAAAUAUGUGCCCUUUUAAAGUACAAAAAAGAUGAGAUUACAGUAAAAGUGCUUUCAGUACAGCAACAAGAUGGUGGUAUUGAUUGUGGUUUGUUUUCAAUAGCCUUUAUUGAAUUUAUUUUAUCACAAAACAGGUAUCCUAUAGAAGAUAUUUGGUUUGAUCAAACAAAGUUAAGAAAUCAUGCCCUUUCCUGUUUAAUAAAUAAUUUAAUAACUCCUUUUCCACUUACAAAUAGUGCGAGCCGUAGAUGCUCUCCAAAGGAAUUUAAAUUAAAACUGUACUGUUCUUGCAGGAUGAUUUGGAUUCCAUCAGAUAGAACAAUAUGUGGAAGGCAAAUGGCUCAAUGUUAUACUUGUAACCAUUGGUUUCAUAAGGAAUGCGAAAAAAUCAACAAUAUUUCUUUUGAAAACAAAGAUAAAUUUUGGAAAUGUCAAGAUUGCUACAACUUGACUUCAACCAUACACUAAUCCUAAUUCUUCAUUGAAAUCUAAAAAAACAGCAAAAUCACGAAAAUCUGUCAGAGUAAACGAAAUAAAAAAGUAUAUCAGACAAUGCAAUAGAAUAAGCAAUUAAAAAAAACUGCCAAAAAAAAACGGUUA